UUCAAAUUAAGUUUUAUUUAUUUAUUUAUUUUCUUUUUUUGCACAUGAGAGGAGCAGUGCAUUAUCUGAGGCCAUCUGACUACCUCCCCUGGUGAGGAGUGGUGGUGUGGUCCACAGGGGGAACUAACUCAUCAUCACUUUAUAACGCACCAGAGACUUGGCACAAAAGAAGCGCUCGCAGGCGAACACAGACGCAAAGGGAACUGUCUCUUAUUACAACGGAGGAAACACGUUUUGUACCCUUUGCAUCGCUGAUAGAAGAAGACUCACUUAAGACUUUUGAGUUGAAGAAACUUACUUUUGGCUGCACCUGAUAGUGGCUUUUGGCUGUCUGACUGAAGGAGCAACAGGGAUGAGGUGGAUGUGGAUGUGGUCAUUACGCACUGAGGUUGUGGCAAAACUCCAUGUUGCUGGACUUUAAAAGGCUUAUUAUUUUGGGAUUUCUUCCUCUUAUUUUUUCCCUGAAACACUCACAUGACGCAAAGUUUUACUUGGAGUCCAGGUUUUUGUGGUGAGACUGCGGAGACUUUGGAGACGCGCGUCUUUUUUUUGCUGACAAACCCUGCAAGGAAACAUGAACGUCUCCUUCUUCGACGUGUUUAACGGGAGUCAGACUCUGGUCGGGACUUUGGCGACGUACUCCGGCAACAGCACCGAAAACGUGGUGACCGGAGACGGCGGAGGAGGCUCUCUGCUUGUGCUGGCACAAGACGAGCGUAAACUCUUCGUCAUGCGUGUGGUGCAGAUCGCGGUGCUGUGCGUACUGUCGCUCACCGUCGUCUUCGGUAUCUUUUUUCUCGGGUGCAACCUGAUGAUCAAAUCGGAGAGCAUGAUUAACUUCCUGGUGAAGGACCGAAGACCCUCCAAAGACGUGGAGACGGUCAUGAUCGGACUCAGCUAGAGAGCAUGGAGAGCUACAGAGGUUACUGUGGAGAGCUGGAAAGGUGUGAGGAUCUGGUGCGCAUCUGCAUGUUACUUCUCAAAAGACGCUCUUCUCUGUGUGUCCUAGUGAGGAAAGAUAUGCAAAAACUUUUCACAUUUCCUUCCGAAAAACGACGACAAGGAACGUAAUCCAGCAACAAAAUGUUCGUGCGUAAAAGUCUGUGCGUAAAAACAUGGGAAAUUGUUUACACGUGGGCUGAUCUGUUGAAUCUUUGGAGUGAAUUUUAAUGUUGCCAACUUUGAACAAAAGUGACGAAAUGUUUACAAGCUGUUAUACCUCAUUUUUUGUUAAGUUAUUUUUUUUUUGUAAAUUUGAAAUGAUUGUUAAUGAAUGUUUUUAAAACAACUGUCAAAAAGCAUGAUUGUGACUUAAUAGUUCCACCUUCUGCCAGUGUUACUAUGUGGACGUGAUGGACAUGUGGGUAUUCUCUAUUACAAAAGUAUUUUUCUUGGUCUCGUUUUGGUAAAUACACUCUAAAUACUGAAAUCUUGCACGUUUUUUCAACAAAACUCCGUCACAGCUUUAUGGAGUGGUUCUGGUCCUGUUUGGCAUGCUCGCUAAUUGAUCUGUAAAAGUGAUUUUUGGACCCGUUUUGCACUUUUGAAAAUCACUGAUGCUGCAUGAAUUAUUUUGUACCAAAAAAAAACUUGAAAUUGCAGCAUGCAAUUAAAACAUUGAAAUGGC